AUGAAGACGACUGUACGAACACAGUCCGAUGUAGACUGCUCGUCAGGCGCGACGCUAGCUGGUAACAGCAAGUUCCCCAGCAAAGCGACCUGGGCGGCUCAUGGGCGACGAUGGAAGUUCCUCCUGCUUUUGUUGCCUGGCUUCUACACUGCGAGCAUGGACCUAACCAUCGUUGCGACAGCACAACCAUUCAUUGCGUCUCACUUCCAGGCUUUGAAUCAGCUCAGUUGGAUUGGUACAGCGUUCACACUCACGGAUACUGCCUUCGUUCCUGUCUUUGGUCAGCUAGCAGACGUCUUUGGACGCUUCGCUGCGCUUGAACUCGCUGUAGCAAUCAUGAGCCUAGGUGGGGUCCUCUGCGCAGCCGCACCUGCUUGGCCAGUUCUCGUGUUAGGCCGAGCACUCCAAGGUGUAGGAACGGCGGGCAUGUCCACUUGCUCCCUCAUUAUCCUUGCCGACAAAGUGUCUCUGAAAGAGCAAGCUUUCAACACUAGCAUUUUUCAUUUCUUGAUAGGAGUGGCUUACGCCACGGGCCCAUUGAUCGGAGGCUACAUGACGAAAGUACAUUGGCGAUACGUGUUUGUCCUGUUGUCUGCCUUGAGCGGAUUCAGCAUCAUCACAAUUGCGUUCUUGCGACCCGACCUGAAGAAGGGCAGGUGCUCACUGACUCAUCCAAGGUCUGGCCAGACUCACCUUCAGUCGUUCCUCGGUGGAUGCGCAUGUAUCGACUUCAUCGGUACGGCGUCAUUCGUUUGUGGAGUGCUCUUGAUCUUGCUUGCAACCAGCUGGGGAGGCUCGGAGUACCCAUGGGCAUCACCAGCUGUUUUGGUACCGCUUGUAGUAGGGCCGCUCUUGCUGGUGUUCUUUGUUUUCUAUCAACGGUCCAUGGCUGCAGUUCACCGGCUAACCGAGAAGUUUCCGCAAACUAUGCCUUUGGUGCCGUACCAUCUCUUCCAAGAGAAGGACGUCACAUUGGUUUGCAUAAUCUCCGCAGCGACCGGUGCAGCCCUAUAUUCCUGUUUCUAUUUUGCUGGCGUCUAUUUCACCAUGGUCGAGAACCUUGACCCCGGCAAAGCUGGUCUCCAACUUCUGUUCUAUGUACCCGGUAUCGGUGUUGGCGUGUACACCGCGAUCAUGAUGUGCAACGUCUACCCAAGACAGACCAUCUGGCCGCUCCUGCUCGGCACGAUCGUAGAAACUGGUAGCAUUGGGGCUCUGGCAUGGGCUAUCAGUGCUCGUGAAAAAACUGCUGUCAACAUCCUCAUGGGUGUCGCCGGCUUCGGGACGGGCAUUCGCUUCAUGCCCGAGAACCUACACCUCACAGGCAUGUAUCGAGAUAGGAUUGCAGUUAUUCUGGCUUUGUUGAGUUUUGCUGGACCCUUCGGCGGCACUAUAGCCCUGACAGUCAUGGGCUCUGUGUUCCAGAACAAGAUGUCUGGCUAUUUCGAGGGCGGAAACGGCUCAUCCGGGUUCGACAUCAACUCUGCUGCCGCUCUGGACGCUAUCAACAACCUCGAACCCGAAAAGCUCGAGCACUUCCGCUCCGCUGCAGCCGACGCUGUUAGCCUAGCGUUUAUCUCUAUCAUCCCUUUCCUGGCCAUCAGCAUCAUUGCUGCGUUGAUGCUCGGCAAUGUCUGGAUUUCCAAGGACAAGGAGAAACCUAAGAAGGGGGAGUCUACAGGUGAAAUGGCUGCAGACCCGGACGUAGCGAUGCAGGACCAGACGCAGAGUGUGCAGCGCGACGGCAGGCCGGACGUGCUGACUGGCAUGUACUUCCGCGCCAUACUGAGGCUCACUGUAGCUGCAGAGCGACACCCAGGUCCGCUCGAGGUGCGGUUGGAUCGGCCCGGCCAAGCUGUUGCCCAUGUGCAGGACUCAUCUACAUGA